CGCUUAAGUGGAAACUGUAAAAUUGUCUCUUCAUUCAAUUUAUCUUGGAACAAAUGGUCACAGAUGGCGGGUCUGCGCUCCCAGAAACAUGGGUACGCGCAUGGCAAUAUGAGUGAGCCCCCCAUGGGUUAUGUCGCGUUAUGUCAUAAAAUUUGAAGUUUUUUUUAAAUUCACUAAUUUUUUGAGUGAUUUUACCCCAUUUAGGAAUGAAUCAAAAUUUCAGUGCUCUAGCAAUAAAAAAGGCCUACUUGAAGGCAUCGAAACUGUUUCAUAGCAGCAGCAACAAUUUCGCAAAUCACUACGAUACAUUGAAACUGCAGCGCAAUUGUACCUCGCAGCAGAUCAGAGAUUCGUUCAUCCGACUCUCGAAGAAGAUCCAUCCGGACCUCAACAAAAGCCCCAACGCUCAUACAAACUUCCUGAAGGUUCAGGAAGCUUACAAUGUCUUAAGCAAGCCCCAUUUGAGGGCCAGUUAUGACUUGGAAUUGGCACACCCAGGGUACCGCUAUGAAAGUGGCCGUCAAUGGCGGUACGGCCCCGUUUAUAGAAACCCCUGGUCUUUUUACCGCAACCGCAAAACCUACCAAGAAUAUAAGAGCGAUAUGCCGCGACCUAAAAGCGGUUUUGUGGCUAUGUGUGUUGUGGCAGCAGUCGCAAUGGCUUUUACCGUCGAAAUUCUCGUCGUAAGGUUUAUGUUGUUGAGGCAACAGGAGUUCGCGCAGAAAAGAACCGCCGAUAUUCAAAAGAUCCUGAAUGAGGUGGAGGAAAGGGCGAAAGCCAACGGGCUGGAGGCUCAGCUGGAGAUUUAUCAAAAGCAAUAUGAAGAGAUGGAGCGAUUGAGAACCACUGGAAAUUAGAUCCAGGUUCCACCUGUACAUAUUUUUGCUUGAUUUUUUUUGUUAAAUGGAAAUAAAACACUGAAUGAAUACCA